GUUCUUAUGUCGACUUCCGGCCGCUCGGUGCCCUCCUGCCCCUCAACGGUCAGAUAAAGAACUACAUGUUAUGACACGAACAGGUGAUAAGUUCAGGUACGUCAGGACAAAAGAAAGCUGUGUACGGACGACGCCGCAACAAAACGGUUAAUUUUAAUUAUUCAGGUGUAAUCCAUGAAAUAAACAGCACACAGCCCGCUGUGCUUGAGUAAAUGACCAGGCUGUGCUGACAAUCAGACUUUAGCUUGAUUGUUCUCAUGUGUUGUUUUUUGGACAGCACUUGAAGGCACCACCAUAAAUUAAAUGUAUUGGCCAAAUGUCUUUAAACUGUAAACACACAGGAACGAAGAAGAAGAAGAAGAACUGGUGCUGAAAACUAGGACGAGAAAUGUGAUCAGUGAACUUUAGAGGCUUUAAUCACGCUCUGUGUGCAACAGGUAUAAAAGUCUGUGUGAAACACACAUGUCUGGAUUCAACAAAGCUUCUGGCAGACAAUCUGAAUCAAAGAUUUUUAGAUAUCACGUUACUGGAGGAAUCGUUUGAGCCCCAUGUCCUGUGACCUUUGACCCCCCCCCCCCCACACACACAAACACACACUCCAGCAACCUAAUGACUCUAACCAGCUACUAACUAACAAACAACACCUGACGCCCAGUGUUGUGCAUGAACGCGCUCAUUUAACACGUUCGUUUUUAUGAGAACGAUGAACUGAACGCAACUCAAUGACAAAUAAUGAGUUUGAACGGUGAACACGUUCAUAUUAUCUGAGGUCUAGCUAAAACGUCACGGAAUGUUUUCCUUCUCCUGAAGAGAGACGCUGUCUGACGCCGGAUUUUUAAUGGUGAACUAUGAACGUGAACUAUUCAUGUUUACUUGUAUGAACUGAACUUUGAACUAGUUCAUGAGAUGUGUGUUCACAUCGACGAAGACUCCAUGACUGAGAAUCUUCAUGUGUCAGGUCACAUGACUCCAGCUGUCUGUCCAAAAAUAACCCUUCAGGUGAUUGGCUGGAAGUCUGGCACACAACCAUCUACAGUGUGUGUACUAAGCUUACACAGGAACCAGCUGCAAUGGUAUCCCAGCAUGCAUUUCACCCCAGCAGCUGAAGAAGGGUGCAGGUCGUAAGACGGAUCCAAAGUUCAAUGUGACGUGAACCUGGAGACGACAGGUCGGCUUCAUGUCCGUCUCUCAGAUCACACCCACCCUCUUCCUCGGCAGUGCCGACGCCCCCCUCAACGCGGCGCUAAUAUCACAGAAAAGCAUCACCCUGAUUGUCAACGCCACGCUGAGCCACAGCUGCCCCCCCUACCCUGGGGUGGAGUGUGUCCGGGUUCCUGUCUCCGACCUACCCAGCGCUCGCCUCGGUGACCACUUUGACCGGGUGGCAGACCGUAUCCAUGGCAACCGAGCUGGCGGCACCCUGGUGCACUGCGCUGCCGGUAUGAGCCGUUCUCCGGCGCUGGUGAUGGCGUACCUGAUGCGGUACAGGGGAGUGACGCUUUGCCAGGCGCAUCGCUGGGUGCAGGAGAGUCGGCCCUGGGUCAGGUUGAAUGCCGGAUUCUGGGACCAGCUCCUGAAGUACGAGAAGCGUCUCUACGGGAAAAACACCGUCAAAGUCGCAACAGUGGAUGAGAUGUCCCUUCCACCUCCCCCCCUGACGCCGAGGACACAGAGGAUGACGAGGUCAACGCCACUGCAGCAGCAGAGGAACUGGUUAAUGCUGGUACCCAGGUCACUGAUGGCAGGGUCACCUGUGAUGUCACGAGGUCCGACACCAGGAAACAAGUCAAGAGGAAGAAAAUAGUUCAGCGGCGUAAAAGUUUGAGCUGUGAGCGCCAUGGUAUCUGAAACAUCUUAGAAACAACAACUACCCACAAUGCAUCUCCUCCGCUGACGGGCUGGCGGAAGCUUCGAGUGAUUCGAUGACUUGUACUGUGUUCGGGUUCCGUGAUCAUGAGAAGAGCCCACUGAACACCGCCCUCUGGUGGUGCAAACAGCCUGACGGGAGAAAUGUUUGAGGGUAAUGUUUCAUUGGACGAUAAAUGUAUUGGUCAUUUUAACUUGACAGAUUUAAAUGUUUAUUUAUUGGUCUCAUAUUUUCUCUGUCAUCACGCCUUUAUUUCCUACAUUACCAUACCUGACUGAUAGCUUGCUAGCCCAUGCUAGAAGUUAAUAUUACAGCCAUGUUAGCAUCGGCAGGGCCACAGUGAAGUAACCAUAUUAGGAGGAGUGAGGUGGAGCCUGACUGAGAGCUCAAUGACACGCCCACCUGCCACCAGCACAAUUGACAGGACUAGUUGUCAAUGCUAGUCCUCUGGUAUCCCCCCCAACAUAUCCGGUGCCUUAUGAUCUGUUUAACUCUAAAUGAUCAUAAUUCGAAAAUGAACAUCAACUGUUUGAAGAAGACUUGAAACUAGAGACUGAGACAGAAACUCCUGAAUGUUUACUGACGUUAUAAAGUGAGAAGUCACUUUCUAUAGAAACUACCAGUGGAGUCGCCCCCUGCUGGUCACUACACAGAAGACGGGAUUCGGGCACGUCUACAUUGGUUUCACUUCACUUUUUUAUAAACUUUUAUUAUUCAGAGGGUUCACUACUUCACACCGGCAGAAAAACAAAGUGAAACAGAGUUUAAAAUGUUAGUUUCUUCCAUUUGAUAAAGAUUUUAUUUUUCAAAACAAGGAAAUUGUGUGUGUGUGAGAGAAUCUUCACUUUUCCAACAUCUGGAUGAACAUCUGUCCAUGUGCUUCAUGUGUCACGUAAUCAAAAAGUGAUGCAAGAUGUUUUCAAAGUUAAAGCAGAGUAAAACAAUGUAUAGAGAAUCCAAUAUAUACUUAAUAUAUAUAAUACUUAAUAUAUAAGUCUGGUGAUGUGAUGUGUCCUGGUUCAUUUGUCUCUGAAAAACGUGUUGAAAUUCAUUAAAUUGACCUUUAUUUCUUG